AAGUGGGAAAGCAUGGCGUUAAAAUUAUCGUAAAGAAUUCAAUUUUUUUCUUGUGUUUAAGUCACUUCAACGAUGUCUGAGAAAGCUGAAGGAAAAGGCGAAAGUUCCAACUCUUCUGUGCAACUAGUGAAAAGCGAAAAAAUAGAUGGUGAAUCUUCACCUAAAAGGAUCAAACUUAUGGACAAUGUCAACGAUUUGAAGAAGAUGAGUAAAGACUCUUUAUUAUCAAAGUUCCAAGAACAAGAAAAAUAUAUUGAUCAUCUCGAAGAUAAAGUCAAUAAUACUUCAAAUGCUGGUGAAAUAACAUCACUUCGUGAGUCAGAGGAGAAAUUAAAGUUCCAACAACAGGAGUCAACUCGACGUGAAAAUGUUCUUGUGAUGCGCUUGGCAACGAAGGAACAGGAAAUGCAGGAACUAUUGACCCAAAUUCAUGACCUGAAACAGGCCCAGAAUCCUGCAGGAGCACAGCUUCGCUCAACUCUUCUUGACCCAGCCGUCAAUAUCGUGUUUCAACGAAUGAAAUCAGAGUUAGAUGAAACUAAGGAAAAAUUGGAACAGGCACAAAACGACUUGAGCGCAUGGAAAUUCACACCUGACAGUGUCACAGGGAAAAAGUUGAUGGCGAAAUGUCGUAUGUUGAUACAAGAGAAUCAAGAGCUCGGUCGACAACUUUCGCAAGGUCGGGUCGCUCAGCUUGAGGCAGAGUUGGCUUUGCAAAAAAAAUACAGCGAAGAACUCAAAACUAGUCAAGAUGAACUCAAUGAGUUUGUGAUCCAACUAGACGAAGAGGUCGAAGGAAUGCAAUCGACCAUUUUGACCUUGCAACAGCAACUAAAAGGAGUUAAGAAUGAACUGGUUGAAGAGAAACAGAGUUCUGAAAAACGUGUUGAACAGAUUCGCAUCUUGGAGCGAAAUUUAGACCUGGCUAGAACUCAACCGCCCAGCCCUGUCGAGGUGGAAAAAUCAGCCGGAGUAGAGGAAAUGCAGUGUGACGGUAUUGAUAGAACAGAAGGUGAAAACCUGGGGUCUGGGCUCGAGAGGAUGGAGACCGAGUGCAGCAAUAUUGAGGCUGGGGAGAGCAACAUGAAACCAGAAGUUAGAGACUCCGAGCUUCGGGCUGUUGAACCGGAGUUAGAAAAUAUGAUGGCGGAGAACGUGUUUUCAAGCCACAAGAACGUGUCUUCUGAGGAAGAAAGUGCGCAAUCUGAAGUGAAAAUCGUGAUUACACAAGACACUGACGUGCUCUCGAAAAUAGGAAUUGCGAACGCCGAAAACGAGAUGAACAACGAGAGCGAGACCGCUCGCUGUGAAUCUGGACACGAUCAUCUGGGCACGGAAAACACAAACAUCAGCACGGAAAACGCGAAGACCAACCAAGAAAACGCGAACCAGGAAAACGCCAAGAUCAACACGGAAGAUGCGACGUCAAGAACCAUUGAAAGAGUUAGUCCAUUCAGCCCAGCCCGAGAACCCACUGUUCGUAAAUCAUCCGGUACUCCCCCCUGCUCAACGACUUUCUCCAUUAGCCAAAUACUUGGGGAACCCAAAAGGACGCCCUCGCCUGACAUUCCUCCGGGGGGUGAUGCCGUUGUGACUAAGAUUCCUUACAUAGGGGGCUACACUGACUCUAAGGGGGAAGACCUUACUUUAAGGACCGAUAGCUCUGGGCUUCUCAACGGUGACACAAAGGAUGGAGCCCCACCCUUAGUGACGUGAGGGGAUAGAAUAGGUUAUGGAGGGUAAUUUAGGGAGGCAUGUAUACGUUCAUCUUCUAGUUUGUCUUUCUUUUUAAAUGGCACUGAUAUUUGAAUAAAG